GAGAGAGAGAGAGAGAGAGAGAUGAGACACAGCAUCUCUUCUCAGGCACUAGCCGAAGAAUCUUCACGAGUGAGGCAUUGAUGGAUCUGUCGGGGCUGCAAAAUAAUUAACAUCAUUACAAUCCUGUAAAAGUCAUUAUGAUAUGCCAAACGAGGCAACAACGAAACGGAUGAUCCAUUCAUAGCUCCGCUUUGUUGCCGACAUAAAACAUCAAAGACGAAGUAAAGCAGAGCGACAACGCAAGUACGCAGAGGAGAGGUCUGACACCCUGUUUGGAGCGUCUUUAUUUUAUUAAUUUAAAUAAUUAGUUAAUGUAGGCCUUCUCACAACAGAGGGAGGCACCGUGGAAAUGUAUCACCAUGGAAAGGAGAGAAGAAGAGCAUCCUUUGCUUUGAGUUCACGCUAAUGCGUUACACGCAUUUGUUUUUAUUAUUGUUUUAUUUUAUCCUCUGCCUUUCUCUUACGAACUCAAAAAUGUGGUAAGCUAUCUGUCGACUAGGGAGAGAGAGUAGGGUGUUGUCAGAAAGAGGAAAGAGAGGAGGAGGGGGCAUUAAGAGGUAUUAUUUUUGGGGAAAGGGGGACAGAUCGACACGGAGAAGGUGAAUUGAUGUACGAAAGCCUGCGACACCUCACUUUAAUGAGAAAUAAUCUUGCAAAAGAAAUGGCGUAAAACAUCAUCCGAAAAAAGCAAGAGAGAAAACCAGACGCAUCUUCAAGGGAGACCCUCGCGUUCUCACGUUUACCGGGAAUAUUUUGGGUGUGGCGUGUUGGCUGUGGAAGCUGUCAGUCUGCAGCUGGCCUAUCAGGAGCUCUCAGGAGGAUGGACCAGAACAGACAGUCUAUCUGAGGAUGCCUCCCGUCCCUCCCCCUCUCUACACCUGCUCUCUCGCCUCUCACACUAUGCUAGGAAAACACACUCUACACCUCUGAUUUUGACCAAACCCCCCACCCCUCCCAAUACCUUCCUUCUCCCAGUAUCUCCAAUAACCUACUAAUUUCAGGGUAUUUGGAGGUCCUUUCUUUACACUUUGCUGUCCACGAGUGAACUCAUAUUUAGUUUGUUGGGCAGAAGACCGGAGGACAUGUCCUUCUUCCCUGAGAGUGGCCCCAGACGUCCGGGGCCCGGUGGGAUGCGGCGCUCCAGCCCCCGCAGGAUGUCUGACCCGUGUCUGGUGUGGCUCCUGGGCCUUGCCCUCCGCCUGGCACUGUCCUCCUGCCAGCGGGCCGACCUCAGCGGGAAACACCCCAUGGUCACCACGGGCUACGGCAAGCUGCGCGGCGUCAGGAAGGAACUCAACAACGAGAUCCUGGGACCCGUGGAGCAGUACCUGGGCGUGCCCUACGCCACCCCGCCCAUCGGCGAGCGCCGCUUCCAGCCCCCAGAGGCGCCAGGCUCCUGGCAGGAGAUCCGCAACGCCACCCAGUUUGCCCCCGUGUGCCCACAGAAUGUACAUGGGGUGCUGCCUGAAAUAAUGCUGCCGGUGUGGUUCACUGACAACCUGGACGCUGCAGCAGGCUACGUUCAGAACCAGAGUGAGGACUGUCUAUACCUCAAUGUCUAUGUGCCCACUGAGGAUGAUAUCCGUGACCGUCGGAAGAAGCCGGUGAUGUUGUUCAUUCAUGGCGGCUCCUACAUGGAGGGGGCGGGAAACAUGUUCGACGCCAGCGUCCUCGCAGCCUACGGCAACGUCAUCGUGGUCACGAUGAACUACCGUCUGGGUGUACUUGGGUUUCUGAGUACAGGGGACCAGUCAGCCAAGGGGAACUAUGGUCUGUUGGACCAGAUCCAGGCUCUGCGCUGGCUCAAUGAGAACAUUGGCCACUUUGGAGGAGACCCAGAGAGGAUCACCAUCUUUGGCUCCGGGGCUGGAGCCUCCUGUGUCAAUCUGCUUAUUCUCUCCCACCACUCCGAGGGUCUGUUCCAGAGAGCCAUAGCCCAGAGUGGCUCAGCCAUCUCCAGCUGGUCGGUCAACUACCGACCCCUCAUGUACACCCAGAUCCUGGCUAAGAAGGUAGGCUGCAGCUACGGGGACACAGGCGACCUGGUAGAGUGUCUGAGGAGGAAAACCUUCAGGGAGCUGGUGGACCAGGACAUCCAGCCGGCCAGAUAUCAUAUCGCCUUCGGCCCAGUGGUGGAUGGAGACGUGGUGCCCGACGACCCUGAGAUUCUCAUGCAACAGGGGGAGUUCCUGAACUAUGACAUCCUGCUGGGGGUGAACCAGGGAGAAGGGCUGAAAUUUGUGGAUGACAGUGAGGGGGAUGAUGGGAUCUCUGUAGCCUCUUUUGACUACACCAUCUCCAACUUUGUGGACAACCUGUAUGGAUACCCUGAGGGUAAGGACAUCCUGAGGGAAACCAUAAAGUUCAUGUACACAGACUGGGCCGACAGGGACAACAUAGACAUGAGGAGGAAGACCCUGCUGGCACUGUUCACAGAUCACCAGUGGGUGGCGCCAGCUGUGGCCACAGCCAAGCUGCACGCUGAGUUCCAGUCUCCUGUCUACUUCUACACCUUCCACCACCACUGCCAGACGGAGGCCCGGCCAGAGUGGGCGGACGCGGCCCACGGGGAUGAGCUGCCCUACGUGUUUGGGGUCCCCAUGGUGGGAGCCACAGACCUGUUCCCCUGUAACUUCUCCAAGAAUGACGUCAUGCUCAGUGCUGUGGUCAUGACCUACUGGACCAACUUUGCCAAGACCGGGGAUCCCAACCUGCCUGUCCCUCAGGAUACUAAGUUCAUCCACACCAAGCCCAACCGCUUUGAGGAGGUCAUCUGGACCAAGUUCAGCUCCAAGGACAAGCAGUACCUCCACAUUGGCCUGAAGCCCCGCGUCAGGGACAACUACCGGGCCAACAAGGUGGCCUUCUGGCUGGAGCUGGUGCCUCACCUGCACUCCCUGCAUGAGGAUAUCAACCCCAUCACCACCCGGCUGCCACCUGGAGGAGGAGGUCCCCGCGUCCACCGGCCUGGCCCCCCUGGGGCACGCUCCACCCGCCACCCCGUCAUCUCCACCAACCCCUCUGAACCCGAGCCAGACCCCUCCGAGCCGCCCCGCCGCAACCCGUUCCCCGACGAGAUAAGGGACUACUCCACGGAGCUGAGUGUGACUGUGGCUGUGGGCGCCUCGCUGCUCUUCCUCAAUGUGCUGGCCUUCGCAGCGCUCUACUACAAACGGGACAAGCGCCACGAGCUGCUGCAGAGACGCCACCGCCGCUUGUCCCCCCAGCGUGGCAUGGGCACCGCCAUGGGCUUGGGCAUGGGAGGGGUGGGUGCCCCGUCCCACAAUGACCUGGCACUGAGCCAGGAGGAGGAGCUCAUGUCCCUGCAGAUGAAGCAGCAGAGAGUAGAGAUGGAGCAUGGUAUCGGCACGCCCCUCCCUUCCCGCGGUCUCCAUGGCGACCUGGAGCCGCUGCGGGCGCAGGUGGGCCCGCCGGACUACACGCUGGCGCUGCGGCGGGCACCAGAGGACGUGCCGCUGAUGACGGCAAACACCAUCACCAUGAUGCCCAGCACUAUCAGCGGCAUGCAGCCCCUCCACCCCUUCAACACCUACCCCCCCGCCCCGGCACCCUCCACCACCCCCACCCCCGGCCACAGCAACAACGCCCUGCCACACCAACACUCCACCACCCGCGUAUAGGACCAGGCAUAACCUCUGGAUCAGCAGAGAUACAAAUGAACACCACACAGACUGGUCCUCUCCUUCUUCUCUCUCUUACUGGGGUUAUCCUCUCUUCUUUUUCUGUGUUGCUUUUUUCUCUUUCUCCGUGUCAUUCUGUUCUCUGUCAAUCUCCCCAUGAGGCUGUGUUAUCGCCCCCUACUGUUGGGAUGCAUGGCUCAGUCUGACUCAGGCUGUGGGCUGCUGGGACAAAGACUAUCAUUACCCAACUAACACAUCUCUUAUCACACAUCUUCCAACCUGUUCAUAUGUCUGUACAAUCUGGGUAUUUCGCUCUCUUUCUCUCUCUCGCUCUCUAUCUUCCUCUCUCUCUCAAACAAUAUUACUGUUCUUCUUUUCUCUGCCUCCCACUCAAUUCUCUCCAUGUCUGUUCCUAAAGCUCUUGAUCACAACGUUCACACAAUCCUCCCAGUCUCAUUUUCAUCCUAUUUCUCUCUUGCGCAAACCACUUCUCCUCUUUGGAGUCUUUUAUACAAACACAUAAAUGUAAAUGAUGUAUUAUUGAUAAAUUGUAAGGAUAUGAAUGAAAAAGGUGAGAUCCUGAUAUCUCGUUUUUACCAGCAUUCUUGGUGCCAAGUACUGUGAUAACGCUCUUCUUUCAAUGAGGUCCAAUGGACCACCAGGAGAGACCCAUCCUGACUUGAUCUUACAAAAGGAAUUAUCAGAAUCAAAAAAGUGCCAGACGUGUCAUCUUUCUUUUUGAUCUUUUGCAAUUUAUUUUUGUUUUUACU